GUUGCUGGUGCUGCUGCAGUCAGGACAAGGAGUUUACACUGCAGCUCUAGGUUUAGUUAAAAUAAUAAGCACUACUAGUACUACUUAGGUUGUCGACAGUAGGUGCACUUUAAACAUUUCGGUUCGAAAAAGGAAGCAAAAUGGAUAUAACAGGAGAUUUAGGGCAAGAUCUGCACAAUGGUAUUAACACAUUGCAGAUACACAUUGAAGUUAAUGUUAAGCCUUCAAGUGUGGUGAAGAAGGAAGCUGUGAGGCAUCAUGUCCUGGAGUUGCUCAAACAACACAGGAUGGUGAUUGGGGAUUACACCUGGAAGGAAUUUGAUGAUGAAUUCCUGGUGAAACAUGUUGAGUCUGUGGCCAUUGUUGAUACAGAGCUCAGAAAACCAAUUGAUCUAAACAGCUGCUGUCUAUCCAUUCACAUUUUCACUUUAAGUGAGGAGGAGCCCAGCACAGAGAAUCUAGAAGAGGAGGAUGAUAACUUAAUAGCAGCAAAUCAUUGGCUCUUACCCUCUGCUGCAUUUCAUGGUAUCUGGGAAAGCCUGGUAUAUGAGAAUGAAAUUAAAACACAACUGCUGGACUAUGUGUCAACCACUAUGUUAUUUUCAGACAGAAGUGUGGACAGCAACCUUAUAUCCUGGAACAGGGUUGUACUUCUACAUGGUCCUCCGGGAACUGGGAAAACAUCAUUAUGUAAAGCUCUGUCUCAAAAGCUUGCAAUUAGACUCUCACAAAGAUACAGGUAUGGACAGUUUGUUGAGAUAAACAGCCACAGUUUAUUCUCUAAAUGGUUUUCUGAGAGUGGUAAGCUAGUAACCAAGAUGUUCCAGAAGAUUCAGCAGUUAAUUGAUGAUAAAGAUUCCCUUGUUUUUGUACUUAUUGACGAGGUUGAGAGCCUUACUGCAGCCCGCAGUGCUUCACGGGCCGGUACUGAGCCAUCUGAUGCCAUACGUGUAGUUAAUUCUGUACUGACACAACUUGACCAGAUUAAAAGGAAUCCUAAUGUUGUAAUAUUGACAACAUCAAACGUCACAGAGAAAAUAGAUUUGGCUUUCGUAGACAGAGCUGAUAUUAAGCAAUAUAUUGGCCCACCGUCUCCUGCAGCAAUCUUUAAGAUAUACCUCUCCUGUCUGGAUGAGCUAAUGAAGUGCCAGAUAAUUUACCCCAGACAACAGCUGCUUACACUAAGAGAGCUGGAGACGCUUGGCUUCUUGCAGAACAAAGUAUCAGAGCUCAGUCUCCUCCUCAAUAGAAUUGCACAGAAAAGUAAAGGAUUAAGCGGUAGAGCGUUGAGGAAGCUUCCUUUUUUGGCUCAUGCUCUGUAUAUCCAGGCCCCAACAGUUACACUGGAAAAGUUUCUUGAAGCUCUGUCCCUGGCAGUAGAUAAACAGUUUGAAGACAUGGCAAACCUGACAAACUGUGCGUGAGAUGUUUGCAUUGGUUUUCUCUCUUUUGUGCAAAUCAGUUAUUUCUUAAAUAUAUAUAAGCACAUUUCUAAUAACCCUUUAUUGACAAAUCUUUAGUAGUUUUCAUCCAUUGAUUUUUUUUUUUCAUUUGUCUAUAGAAUGCCGUGAAAUUUUAGAAAGUAAAUGCAAAAAUGUCAAAAUAAUAAUUUUGCCAUAAAACCCUGGUGCAAUUUUACUUCAAAGAUAUCUCAAGAUUUCUGUUCCUGUUUUUUUGGCAUUCUGAAUUGUUUAAUUUAUUAACAGGUUUUCAUGAAGAUUUGUUAGGGUGUCUAAACAUAGUUAAGUUGUAUUGUGUGGCUUGCCAUACAGCAUUGUAUUA